GUCAGUGCGGUGUGGCUAAACGAACGCAGUUUUACUCAGUCGGGAUUCGGUUAGUGCUGUUGAAGUCGUAGUAGGAUGACGGUGUCGCUUCAGUAAGUGAAUAAAGAAGUGAAGUAGUGUCAUUCGUGGCGUUACAACAGACAAAGAAGAAAAGCGUUUUGCUUUUUUUGUUUCUUUCACACCAAGCAAUUUAAACCAACAUGGAAAACACGUUGGUUGUGUCACAGGAUAAGUUCCAGAUGAAUUUUGAUGGAGAUGGUGACAGUGCAUGCAGUAGUCAACCCAACGGGGAAAGAGCAGGUAGCGAGAGCCCCACCUUCCAGGGCAGCGCGGUGGGUUACGCCGUGCCCAAGUUGAAGAUGGAGGACGUUGGGCCGCAUGAGCUUCCCAACGAGAUCUCAGCUCCCUACGAGGUGCCGCAGUUCCCCAUCGAGCAGAUCGAGAAGAAGCUUGCCAUCCAGAGGUCCAUCAGCAGCAGGGUGGCGAAGGACCUGGAGGAUCGCCGCAGUCACUACGAGCCCUCGGUUGGCCCCGUGCCAGACGAGGCUGACCACCACUUCGACCUGGAGGAACAUGACUACGUGCCUCACUUCCAGAGGGUGUCCAUCAGCGGCGAGGACACGAGUGGCGUGCCGCUGGAGGACCUGCAGCAGGCGUCCGGGCUGCUGGUGCAGGCGCUGUACAUCCGCGAGCGCUACAUGGCCGUGUCCCAGCAGGGCUUCCCGCUCGUCACCUCGCGCUUCCUGCGCUCCCUCGACUCCAGCUGCCAGCACCACCUGCUGGAGGGCGUGCAGCACGAGGACCGCAAGACCAUAGAAGACCACCCGGUGCAUGCCCCGGCCAUGAAGGGCAGCCCCUGGGAGUGUGAGUUCCUGGACGACAAGGGCUUCGUGUGCCGGCCCGUGGACGGAGUGUUCCAGGUGUACAAGGACGCGGGGCGCAGCGAGCCCCUCAAGUACCCCUUCACCGACCUCAGCACCUUCAUCAGCGACAUGCACAAGCUGUGUGCCAUGAUCGCAGACGGCCCGCUAAAGUCGUUCUGCUAUCGCCGGCUGACGUACUUGUCGUCCAAGUUCCAGCUGCACGUGCUGCUCAACGAACUGCGCGAGCUCGCGUCUCAGAAGGCCGUGCCGCACAGGGACUUCUACAACAUCAGGAAGGUGGACACGCACAUCCAUGCUGCAUCCUGCAUGAACCAGAAGCACUUGCUGCGGUUCAUCAAGAAGACGCUUAAGAACCACGCGGACGAGGUCGUCACCUGCACCAAGGGCAAGAAUAUGACCUUGAAGGAGGUAUUUGAGUCGAUGCAUCUCACCUCCUAUGACCUCACUGUCGACAUGUUGGACGUACAUGCGGACCGCAACACUUUCCACCGCUUCGAUAAGUUCAACGCCAAGUACAACCCCAUUGGAGAGAGCAGGUUGCGUGAAGUGUUCCUGAAGACAGACAACUAUCUGAACGGCAGCUUCUUUGCAAGGAUUAUAAAGGAGGUGGCGUUCGACCUGGAGGAGAGCAAGUACCAGAACUCGGAGCUGCGACUGUCCAUCUACGGCAAGAGCACUGACGAGUGGGACAAGCUGGCUCGGUGGGCCAUCGCUGGGGACGUGUACUCGGACAACGUGCGCUGGCUCAUACAGAUACCCAGGCUCUACGACAUAUUCAAGUUGAACAAGCUGAUGAGGAACUUCCAGGAACUGCUAACCAACAUCUUCCAGCCCCUGUUUGAAGUGACCAAUGAUCCAAAAUCACAUCCUGAACUUCAUAUGUUCCUGCAAUAUGUGAUAGGUUUUGACUCGGUGGACGACGAGAGCAAGCCGGAGAACCCUCUAUUCGACAAAGACAUCCCCACACCGGACCAGUGGAACGACAUCGAAAACCCUCCGUACGCCUACUACCUGUACUACAUGUACGCCAACAUGACGGUCCUCAACCACUUCAGGAGGGAGCGCGGACUGAACACGUUCGUGCUGCGGCCGCACUGCGGGGAGGCUGGUCCCGUGCAGCACCUCGUGUGUGGCUUCAUGCUGGCUGAGAACAUCUCGCACGGACUGCUGCUCAGGAAGGUACCGGUGCUGCAGUACCUGUACUACCUGGCCCAGAUAGGCAUCGCCAUGUCACCGCUCAGCAACAACUCCUUGUUCCUCAAGUACCACCGCAACCCGCUGCCGGAGUACCUGGCCCGCGGCCUGUGCGUCAGCCUGUCCACCGACGACCCUCUGCAGUUCCACUUCACCAAGGAGCCGCUGAUGGAAGAGUACAGCAUUGCUGCCCAAGUGUGGAAGCUAAGCUCAUGCGACAUGUGUGAGUUAGCAAGGAACAGCGUCAUCAUGAGCGGCUUCCCGCACAAGGCGAAGCAGUACUGGCUGGGCCCCAACUACACCAAGGAGGGAGUGGCUGGCAACGACAUCUCUCGCACCAAUGUCCCCGACAUACGGGUGUCGUUCCGCUACGAGACCCUGGUGGACGAGCUGUCCAACAUAUUCAGGGUGGUGGACAGGGAAGCCCCAGUGAUCCCAAUAAAAGCACCCACUCCCACAAAGUGGGUCCCGGCAACGUGGUCAAAGCGGCCGUGCGAAUGUCACACCGCGGAGUCCUUCUUUGAUGGUUUCGAUGGGAAACCGCAGAAAUAGAGGAUCUUCCCACCUUCUCGACCUCACGUGAUGACAUGGCACAGUAGGAUCAGCAUCGAGGAUAACACCUAAAUUAAAAAAUGUGGAUGAUCUUGAGGUAUUUUCAUCCUGUUCUCCAGUUUGUGUGAUUCAAUAUAUUUUGACUAUACUGAUGCCCUAAUACUGUCUUAUCAUUCUCCAAUACAAAUGUACAGGAUGCUGGCUGGUAUAAGCAGCUAAAGGGUUUCUGUAAUCUCUCAUAUAUUAAAUAACUCGUUAAAAAACUGUGUUGAUUGUACAAAAUAUUGGUCAGUGAAUGAGGGUUUUUUAUUUUUGACUUUUGUUUAUAUGUUUGAAAGAGUGUAACAAUGACUUUAGUAAUAACAUUUUCAAAGUAAAGUAACAGGGUAUGUAGGUAGGUUAAUGAUUAUACUUUUCAUUUUUCUGUGUGAAGUAUAUUUGCAUAUCCAGUCGCUGAUGGAAAUGUUGAAUAUUUUCUCCUUGAAUCUCUGGACAUUGAUUUGUACAUCUGUAGAGAAUACCAAAUGCUUAUCAAAUAAUGCAAGAAUUAUGUAAUAUUCUUGGUUGGGAACAAUGUUAUAUAUUUUCCUUGCUUAUUGUGUGAACUUUAUGAUUAUUUUAUACAUUUUAAAAUUGUGAGUUUACACUAACAUGAUGAUAGGGGUGUGCAAAGCUCAUUUAUUUUAGGUUGAAGUUAGGAUUUUAAAUCUUCUAAAUGUUAAAGCCUUAUUAUUUUUGUCCUGAAAAAAAUUACAAAAAAACCAAUGCUGGCAAACAGGUAACAAAAAAAUAAUAAUAAUAAUAAGUUAUAUGUUUUGGUAAAGGAAAAUAAAAUUUCAUAAUGUUUUGAGUUAACUAUUUUGUAAAUUUUGCUUAAGGGGUUUUGUUGACUUUUGUAAAAAAUUAUGACCCUUACCAUCUUAUUAUUGAACUGACUAUGCUUGUAAAUGAACUAUCACAAGCUUGCUUCAUGCUUUUUCACUUUGGCAUUUUCAUGGCAUUUUGUUCAUUUAUAUAUAUAAUACUAAAACACAGGCCUAAAUUACAAGAACAUAUUAAGAGGAUAGUGAUAGCUGCACUAAUAGGAAUGAGUAAAUAAAAGCAGUAAUGCGAACUUUGUGAAAAAACAGCUUUUGGCCAACACUAACAAAAGCUAUUGUGAAAUAACUGCCAUCCGGUGAAACAAAAAAUAAUCUAACUAAUGUACUUUGGAAACAGUUACACACUAAGCCAAACAACUUUGACUUUGACAAUGUUUCCAUCCAUAUAUGUGGUCACUUGUAAUCUAUCCUAACAAGUUAUAUUUCAGAUCAGUUCUGAUUCAAAUUUGCUGUGCUUCACUCUUCUUGACAGGUUAUUUAAUAAUUUAAUAUUUUAUAACAAUGUUUGACCUAUAAAAGCAAGAUUGUGCCAUUUGUAGCAAUGCAAUGAUGAUUGUGAGCAGGUAGGUUUUUAUUAAUGAUUUUACCUUAUCAUAUAGCAUCAACUGUUCUUUAAAAUUAAUGAUUAGCAUAGCUAAUAAAAUAUACAAUUUUUUAUUUAUUUUUGAUAGUCUUCAAAAUACUAUGUAUUAUGUAUGUUUGCAUUAUAAUGUAACUAUUUAUUUGUACUUGUUUACUUAAGCAAGUACCAAAUGGUUAAGCCCAUUUUGGUAACCCUCUCCAUCGUUAGCCUCUUAUAGGGAAAUCUAAUUAAGCAAUAAUUUGGACCCUACAAAUUUUGGUAUUUUUUUAAUGUUCCAUAAAUAAUGGCUUGACUGGAAACUUGAAUUGUUUUAGGGCUGUUCUGAUACCAGAUACUGGUUUUGGAUAUCUACAUUUAUGAGCUCUCGGCCAAUACCAAGGUAUCAGCACAAAUAUCGUUGCUAUCUGAAAAAUAUAUGCUCAUAACUUAGCUUUUUUUUAAACAUUUUUAUAGGCAAAUCUUAUAAACUAUCAAGUUAGGCACUUUUAACUACAAGUAAAUAGAAAUUAAUAUGUUUAUGUAGUGUGGCAAGUAAUUGUAAAUGUUAAUUGUAGAAUCAGGUAUCAGUAGUGGUAUCAGGAGUUGGUAUCGGAAAAGGAGUAAUUGGAACAGCCCUAAUUUUUUUUUUUUUUUUUACUUGAAUGUAAUUAAAGAAAUCUGUUUCAACAUACGUGUGUAUAUAGUAGGCAUCCCUAACAAAGGCUAACAAAUUUCUUCCAUACCUUUCUAUUAGCAGUUGUCCAGUUGUUAUUUUUGAAAAGUCCCUGUUAUAUGAUGUGGAUUAAAAUCCAUGGUUUUUUUUUUUUUUUUUUUUUUUUUUUUUUUUUUUUUUUUUUUUUUUUUUUUUCAAAUUUGUCAUGAAGUAGAAUAAUUUUUUUCUAGUUUACUUUUUAAUCUUUUGAGUGCCAGUGCUUGUGAUGCAGUAAAAACAAUAAACUAUAAAAAAAUUAUUUUAUGUUCCUUGUUUUCAUAGUCAUUUAUGUUGAUGAAUAUCAAUUCAACUUGAAUUGGCAUAAACUUAAGUUUGAACAUCCUUAAAACAAAUGUUUUUAUACUGGAGAAGUUUUCUUCUUUAAAUUUUACCUAUUAUUUGUGUGUCUUUGAAUGUUUAUUAAAAAAAUUAUAUUUGAUAACAUAUAAUUAUUUUUGUUAAAUUUAGAGUUUACUGAUGUGUAGUAAUUUGUACAUUUUUAUAAUGUUUCAAGAAUUGAGUAAUGUUUGUGACCUUAAAAUAUGUCAUGUGCCAUAUUAUGUGUUACAAUCUUAUUGACAUGUGAUGAUGUUUCACUUAUUUACCUUUUGUUGUAAAUGUUAUCUAGUUUUCUCCAUAAUGAAUACAUAAUCUAUUAGGUAUUAUCAUUGUUGAAAUGAAUGUGGUCAUCACAAUUAUUGUGAAAAUUGGUACAGUACUGUGCGUACUAUCUAGAUUCUAUAUAGGAUAGUUUUUAGGAAUGGCAGAUAAUAGGCCAUGUGACUAAUGUGAUAAAUGUAGGUAUUUACUCGACUGUUUGUUGCCUUCUUUUUAUAUCAUGUAUUUUAAACAUGAAUGUAAGUAUUGUGUCAAAAUACAGUUGAAAUUCUUACAUGUU